AUGGAUUAUAAAGAAAGACUCGCUCAGUUUGAGGACAUUCUAAGUUCAAAAGACUUGAUUAAUGACCCAAUAAUAGACUUGUACAAAUUUCGACACUUAUGUUUUAGAGGCAUUCCUGAUAAACCAGGCAUAAGACAAAAGAGUUGGAAGGUAUUACUAGGAUAUCUACCUACCGAUAAAAGAAAAUGGCAGAAAACUUUAUCGGAAAAUAGAUCGACAUAUUAUAGCUUCGUCAGGGAUUUGCUGGCAGAACCCAGCGAAGAAGAAUUAUCAGGGGGACAGAAUAGUGAUCACCCACUAAAUCCCGCACCAAAUUCCAAAUGGGCGGAAUAUUUCGCCGACAACAUAAUUCUUGAACAGAUCGAUAAAGAUGUUUGUCGAACAUUACCAGAUUUUGCAUUUUUUCAACAACCCGUGCCACAAAGUCCAUUGAGUCCGUUGAGUCCGCGUCUCUCUCAUUUGGAACUGAUUAAAAAAAACGAUGGUGCAUUCUCUUCGAUACUUGAACAAUUAGAGAAUGGCUGGAAUGAUGACAAUAAUAUUAGUAAUCAAGAUAUUGAUGGAUUCGUAUCGCUGGAAGCAUCCAUAGAAUCAUUACCUCCUCCAUUGUCACCUUUAUCACCGGUGACUAACACGUCUACCACAGCACCAACAUCAAGGCGAACAUCUACAAGCAGCAUGAAACAACCGAUAGAUCUCGAUUCUGCUUCAUACGCUAAUCCAAUCACGCCUAUUCGGUCACGACGCUCAAUAUUCAGGCGUGUGCAACAUCUGAAUAAGGAUUUCUUUCGACGUGAAAAUCGUCCUGUUUCACCUACGCUAGGUCAAAAGUCUGGAGCUGCUAAUGCAGAUAAUGGCGCUCAAGAUGAUGAAAAUCAGAUCGAUUUACAUUGGGAAGCGAUAGAACGUAUUCUCUUUAUAUAUGCAAAGUUGAAUCCUGGUAUUGGUUAUGUACAGGGAAUGAACGAGAUUCUGGGCCCUAUUUAUUACACAAUGGCUAAUGAUGGCGACGAGGAAGGAAGAGCUCAUGCCGAAGCCGAUUCUUUCUUCGUAUUCACAUCACUAAUGGCUGACAUUCGCGACCACUUUGUACGAAGUCUCGACCACGAUGACACAACAGGUAUUGGAGCGACAAUGACAAAAAUGAAUCGACGAUUACGCGCAUUUGCUUUUGACCUAUGGGAAGAUUUGGAACAAAAAUCAUUGCAUCCACCUUAUUACUCGUUCCGUUGGUUGACUGUGAUGUGUGCUCAAGAAUUCGCUCUCCCUGAUGUGAUUCGUGUUUGGGAUUCGGUGUUCGCGGAUCAUGAUGCAGACGAAGGGUCGUCAUCAAAUCGAUUUGAAUUUUUGAUUGAUUUUUGUUGUGCGAUGAUAAUAUGUGUUAAAGAUGAACUUUUAAAAGGUGCCUUCGAGGACAAUAUUAAACUUUUGCAGCAUUAUCCUAUACAAGAUCCAGGAAUAGUUCUACAGAAAGCAUAUCAAUUACGUGAGUCACGUCUACUCGCAAAAUUAAAUGGUAAUGGAAUCGAUUACUCGUCAUCGGAUGUAGAAUACGGACCGGAUGGCGUGCUUGAGGAAGAAGAACCACGCCGCGGAAGUAGUGGCCGAAUGUGGCUACAAUCUAACGGUCUGAUAUUCUCUAAUGGAUAUACGAAAAAACGAUCUGAUUCGUUGUCUCUAUCGUCUUCGACAUCAUCAUCGUCAGAUCUUACGAGUUCAAGUCCUCAUCCACAACGAAACAGCCUGAUAACCAACACCAUCAUCAACUCCACCUCAAUUUUUAGACGGCCAUUACCAUUCAACUCAAGCGCAGCUUCUUCCGGCUCCAACAAAUCCUUUUAUGGCGAUGGUUCGCGCGAUUCUCCUCCGUUGAUUCCGGGUUUGGCGCAGACGCGGAUGAUACAGGUUGCUGGUCAGACCAAAGCCCAAGGAUUAGCAUUGUUCAAUAAAAUGAAAGAUGUGGUUGCCAAUAGAUCGGCUACGACAACAUCACAACUAAAGAAGGCGACGACCAUGUCUGCAUUAAUAACAAUUAAUAAGAAUAAUCUUGCUACUUCUACGCUAUCAUCCAAAUCACAAUUCCGUGGUAAUGGUAUAAAUGGAGGUAACAAUUUCCCAAAAACUAAUAAUCUGAACAGCAUUAAGGCAAAGUAA